ACGGCGACGGUCAUUCCGGAGGAGGGAGAACCUUCGUGAAGAAAAGAGAGGGAGUGAGGAAGAACGGUGCGAGGUGGUGGGUGGUGGAGCAUCGGCAAGGGUGAAGUGGGGUGAGGUGAGGUCCGCAGUGUGCGGUCGCUGUUCGAGCGGCAUGGAUUACAUAUUAGAAUUGCUCGCGUAACGAUAGAGAGACCGAGAAACUUUGCCAUUUCGCGAAAGCGAUAUUCCGCGCCGUUAUACAUUUUAACACGUCGUCGAGUCGAACGAACGAACGAACGAACGAACGAACGAAGUGAUCCAUAAGGUUCGUAGGACCUGGGCUUUUUUAACCCUCCCCCUCCCCCACCCCGCUCCUCCCUCCAACGAUCGACGAGCAAGCGAGCGACGGCGAUCCUCGCGAUGCUACCGACGAGGUAGUGCGCGAACCGUGUCCGAGAGAAUGUAUCGCGCGAUGACGAUCGCGGAGCACCGAGGGUUAUUAACGUCCUAAAAGGGAGGAAGAGGAAGAAACGAACAAGGCGGAUCGAACGUGGAAAAUCAUCGCGGCGCAGGACGAGACGUAGAGCGAAAGAAGAAGAGGUGGUAGCGACCGGUGGUGGUAGUGGAGGUGCGGGCGACCGCGAGAGAUGGGCAAGAAGGGUUCCAAGCGGAAGACCCGAUGGAGAACCCUGAGCAUCGGUGCUCCACCCGGUGAAGAGGAUGAAGAGGAGGGUUUGCGAAAAGACUACGUGAAGAGUCAGGAGAAGGAGACGAAUGCGCACACACAUUUCGAUCGGAAUGGACAGCAAGGUGGCUACAAGCCGCGUCGAGCUGGUACCAGCACCAGCGGCGGAAGUACGAGCGGCUACGCCAGCAGCGGCUCGAGAUCGCACAGAGACGAGAGCGCGGGUUCACCGUCGCAACCUAAGAUCAUCUUCAACGAGGAGGAGUACACGAGAAUUACAACACCGCGACAAGAUGUUCUCUUCAAAAAGGGCUACCUGUCGCGCAAGAAGCCUUGGACUGGAAACGCGAGCACCAGCGCUACGCCGUCGACUACAGAGAGUCAGUCGGCAUCACAUUCCACCGCAGACGGCAGCGAAACUACAGAGGACCAGCAAUUAUUGGAUAGGGACAGUGGAACGGGAGAAUAUCCGCCCAUGAGCGCAGAGCCAGGAGCGCAAUUAGGAUACGGAACAUUUUACGAUCAUGCGAGCGGUUACUAUUACGAAUAUCCUGUGAUGUUGGUCGGACCUGCGCCAGUACCUACUCAAAUUGGACCAAACGUUCUAGCGACUGUACCUUGUGGCCCGGUUCCUCUAAGACCGAUUGAGUGGAUUAAUCCUGCAUUCGUGCCUAAACUUGCCAAUCAGCCAUAUUGCUUAAUGGAUUAUCAGACUAAUCAAAGUACAGAACCGAUCGCAAUAGUGGAGGAGCAGAACGGCACGAUAGUAACAGCGGAAGCUUCCAACAGUAUGUGGAAUGAGAGCGGUACUGGUAGCGCUAGCUGCAGUGGCAGCGUAGCUGAGGAGAUCGAGGAGCAAGCCGAAGAAGAGGAAAAUGCGACUAUGGAACAGCAUACCGUGAAAGAACAGCUUAUAGAAGAACAACCACAGGAGCAGUUGCAUCUCGAGGGACAACAUUUAGAGAACGGCAUGACGACGGUCGAUCCUUACCUAGAUCCAUUAAUGAUGCAAGAGCCAAUGCAUAUGUCGCAUAUGGUGCCAGCCGUGCCGCAGCCGUACAUAUAUCCUGGUCACUACAUGUUUGGACCUCCUUUGGUCAACGUUAAUGGUGUUACCAUCCAGGGCGGGCCUUUGGUGAGAACCAUGGACGUAACAGCUAUGACAAUGGCGUGCGCCAAACGAAGAAAGAAGAGAAAGAAAAGAAAACAGAGAAGACCUACUUUGGGUAACACCGAAGAUGAAGAAGAAGGGGAAUACAGUUCCGAAUGUGAUAAUGAUGUAUCGUCUUCCCGACUACCUUGGUCAGAAUGUCCGACUUCGACCGCGAUUACAACGACGUCGGCCGCGAAUCGACCGCUUAAUCCCGAAUGCCAGGAAUUUCAAUUGCGGCCGGCCCUGCAAUCGCGAAUCCUCUCUGCUCCUGUUUCGACAUCCACCGUCACUACUGUGGCCGAAGAAGUCACGUCGUCUGUCAAUGACGCACCGGAUAUGUCAUCUUACACCGAGACGGAAUCCGCCAGUCGCGAGACCGAGACGUGCGACUCGUCAACCGCUCAAAGUCUAACGAACCAGGAAGAGAUGAUAAUCCAUAAUUCAGAGCAAAUAGUUAGGGAGACAUCUUUAGACAACGUUCAAUUGCCGACAGUUGGACAUAUGCCCAGAGACAGGAACGCAGAAAUUAACAGUCAAGCGAAUCGUCUAGUCGCGAAUGUGGAAGCGAUAAUAACGAACGAGACUACUGAGAUAAGGAGCAAUGCUCCGACUGAUUACGAAACGCCUUCCAGGAGUGAUACUUCUUUGGAGAACGAUGGCGAUUCGACCAGUGCCAAUGCGAAGCAUGAGUCAUUCGAAAAUAAUAGUAACGACAUUAAUACGAAUACAUUGAAUAAUUGCGUCAGAUGCCCUGAAGAAAAUUUAGCUAACGGCGAUACUAACCACGAACAUUUUGCCGACUUAAUGGAAAAGGCGUCAAAGUCAAGAUCGGUGAGUCCUCAAGAGAAUGAUUCCAAUUUAACAACGAUAAACGUCAACGAAAAAGAGGAAAUUCAACGAUUACGAUAUUGCAACAAUUCAUCCGUUACGCGAGCAACGUCACUUGGAUUGCCGAGAAAGUACAACAAGAAGGGUCUGAAAUUUGUGAGGGAGUCUACGCCUGGGCCAGACUUGGAUGAGUCCGCGCAUCUGGAUGUGGAGAGCAAGAUACUCGUACAACAAUUCGAAGCUGUCGAACUGUCGGACGUAGAUUGCAAAUGCAAUAUUGUGAACGAUAAGCUGGGUGAGACAGAGCGGAAGGUGGUGAACGAGGGAGAUGCACUGGAGGUACAUAACGAGAGCACGAUCAAAAUGACAAAUCGAGAUACAAUUGAAGGCUCAAACGAGGAUUCCGGAUUUGAGAGCCAGACUCGGUUGUCGAAAAAAUAUCCAAUUACAGCUGCGGUGAAGGAGUGGCUGCGUCGAGCGAACUCGCCCGAUCUUUUCAUAACGUCGGCGUCGACCUCGGAGAGCGAGACAGACGAGGAUGAUGAAGAAAUGGAUGCAAAGCCGCCAAAAAACUUGCAAGGCAACCCCAUGCCUGCACUAUCUGCUAAUAGCGGUGUUGACAACGUCACGUUGUUGUCGCGCACGGCUAGCUGCGGCGAAUUCGCAAAAACCAACAACAAUAACAUCAACAACAACAACGUCAGGAAUGAUCAGAUGGAAGCUGAUUCAAUGUCGAUCGGCAGAAGAAAAAGGGACGCGAAAGUUGUAAAAAGAAAAACAAUGGCAAAGAGAAACGACAAACGGAACAAGAAUGUCGAUGAGAAAACGCAGAAUCAAUUAGUUUCCUCGUUGGUUUCGUUGAACUUUGUCACUGCCGUGAGAUCGAAAGACAAGCCGAAGAAUAAUGUUGGUGACGUUUGCGAAUUUACUCAGGAGGAUAGCGUUGCGGGUAUGAGGGUUGCUUUAAGUUCUCGGAUAAACUCGAAGAGAGUUAACGGAAGACGAAUGAAGACAGUAAGAAAAAUCAGUAAAAAUCCUGUUGAGAAUAUUGAUAUCAAAAUGCGACGUAUAGACAAUUUAAACGAUGGGAAGGGUAAAGAAACGAUCGAGGACAGUAUGGUGAGCGUGCGGACAUUCGAGAAGGGGGAGAUUAUCGUUUCGCAAGACGGCAGAUUGUUACCGACGUCCUCGUACGAACCUGUGCCGUUUAAUUUUCAUGAUAAUCCCGUCGCGAAAACCGCUGCUUACGUCGACAUGAUUAACAAAAACGUGGAGAUACGCGAGCAAAUCAGCAAGAACAGCAGCGACGAAAAUGAUAGCGUAAUGAUAGGAUCCUCGGUCAGCAUAGAGGAGCCCGACGUGUUGGAGUGCUGGGAAGUAGAAACUGUGGAACCUGUGAUAACCCCAAAAAGGAUGCUGCAAAGUCCGGGAGUCCUGUGCGAAGGCGAGGCGGCGGAAGACGAUAACAUCGAGGUCGAAAAAGCUAUCGUGAAACAUGUGCAGAGGUAUUACAGACUCGCACGGGAUAUCGUCAACACGGAGGAAGAGUCAAGCGAAUUUAGCACGUCGGUAAUUUCGUCGAGAACAGUGCCAAAUGAUCCGGAGGACAAAACAAUCGGGUAUUUCCGUGGCGAGGAGAUCCCAAUCUAUAUACCGGACAAAAAUCAGGACGUUAUCAUAGCGGAUGAGAAGAUACCCAUCGAUGAGGCGUUCGAGGUAUACGAAAGCUGUUACAACGGAAAAUCACCGUUCUUAUCGUUCGAUUCGAAGAUGUUCGGGCAAAGGUCGUUGUAUGGUCAGAACGGCGACGGUCCGAUACCGUGCAGAGCGGUGUGCUGCAACAUACAAUAAUAUCAAGGAGAUAUACCCCAUCGCGCAAACUUUUUUUCAAACGAAAAAAUAUAUAUAUUAUUAUAACAUACCUUAUAUUAUAAUAAUAUAUAAUUAUAUAAUCGCGUCAGGGCCAUUCUUUUUAAAAUAGGCCAGGGCAUAGUGCUUUCUCCGGGUAUAUCACGUAUAUGUACGUGUAAUAUGCACCCCUCUCACAAUACAAAAGCAAAUGUCUUAUCUCCGUUGGACGGAGAUUUAAUGAAUCGAUAUUCUUUUGAAAGUUCAGUGACACGCUCAAAGAAAACUGAAUGUUAUUUGAAAAGCAUCGCGAAUCGCGAUCCAUUUUUGUAAAUAGUUUUAAGAGUUCGUUUGUGAUGUAUAACUUUCUGUGGGAAACUUUCAAAAUUUUAUGUGUGUGGGAGCAUGCAUUGUAGCAGUCACUCUACGCGCGCGCGCGCGCCAUAGCAUUUUACCAUUAUUAUCAUUAUAAGCAUUGCUGUGUAUCAUUAUUCGUAAUCAAAGACAGAGAUUCGUAACGUUUCAGUGUUCAGCUUUCAUCUGGACCUAGCUUAUAUUAUUAAGAGGUAAUAUGUUGUUUUUUUCCGGAUUAUCAUAGGAAAAAGCGCGAAUUUUAUUUUGGAUGAAAUAAAUAAAGAAGGGAGAAAGGAGAAGGAAGAAGUAUAUGGAGAAGUGUAGAGGGCAUAGGAGAUGCCAGACUGUUGUUUUUAUUCUCGCUACGAUAUCUCGUAAUACCACUCAGUCGAAAUGACAAGAGCGUUAUUUUUAGAAUCUAUAUAAAAGACACGAAUGUUAAAAGACUAGGAGUUAUUGUUGCACGUAAUCACGUUGGAUGGCCUUUGCUUAGGAAAGUUCUGAUUGCUCGCAAUUUUUAACUCGGCAUUAUCGGAAUAUCCCGCAUGUUCAACUGUGAGUCUCCUUUUUCUUUCUCUUAGAGAAAG